AUGCCGGGACGGCCGGUCCCCGCACAGCCCUCGGGCCACUCGGCGCAGGCGCACGAGACGCCCACGAGCGGCACGGCCACGCCCCGCUCCCAGGGCGCCAACAGCGCGGCGGGGAGCGAGGCGCGGGGGAGGGCCACGGAGACCGCCCAGUCCACGCCCGACGUCCAGACCUCGCGCUUGCACGGCUGCCGGUACCUCGACUACGCCGAGCCGCUCCUGCGGCUCGACGGGGCCCCGGAGAAGACGCUCGCGACGUGGAGCCCGCUCCUGCCGAGGUGCGCGCCCGAGCCGCGCUUCGGCGCCUACCUCACCGGGGACUUCCGCGGCGGCAGCACGGUCUGCGCCGGCGGCCGGCUGGCCGCGGGCCAGCUGUGCGCCCGGACCGUCAACACGGCCCUCUUCACGCUGCUCCCGGGCAUCUACUACUGGAGCAGGGUCCUGCCCCUGGCGGGGGACUGCGGGGCCAUACGGGGCACCCAGGCCCUGCUCUCUGUGCUGAUCGUGGUCUCGUUCACCCUCGCGGCCUUCAUGAAUCCGGGGAUCGUGCCCAGGAGCGAGCGGAUCCCGGACGGGGUCCCGCUGGAUCCGAGGACCGGCAUGCCGAACCAGCGGUUCUUGUUGAUCCACGACGUCACCGUGAGGCAGAAGUUCUGCACGACCUGCAUGGUCUACCGCCCCCCCCGGGCGAAGCACUGCGCCUUCUGCGACAACUGCGUGCUGCGCUUCGACCACCACUGCACGUGGCUGGGAAACUGCGUUGGGCUGUACAAUUACCGCAGCUUCCUUCUCUUGCUAUCCAGUGUGCUACGAUCUUCUUGA